UUCAAGUAUAUCUGCACGUGGCAGAGCGCUGUACACAACAGUACUUCGUCGCAGACUGCUGGCAUACAAGCUUUUCCGUCAACGUCACUCUCGACUGUAGCUUUACACUUUCAAGAUGAACUCCUUGCUGGUGAUACUCAUAGUCACGCCACUACUCGGUGCGGAUUCGAGAAGUAUAUCUGCGACAGAGCACAUGUCGGGACAGUACCAUUCAACGGGAUGUUCUCGUUGCGCCAAUGCGCAAAGGCCCUUUAGAACUAUGAGCACAGACAUUGGGAGAGCGCAGCAAGAGAGCAAUGCUGUACAUACUGGUUGGUCGCGCGGCGAGAGUGUGACAGCGCAAAGCUCCAGACGCACACAAAAUGCUGCAUUGAGCACGGCACAGCAAAGCGCAAGUCUCACGGGAAAUAACUGGCCAGCCAUGACGGAUGGGCAGCAACACGUUGGUUUUGCACACAAUAUCGGAUCGAGCAGAGCACAGCAAAGCGCCGGGUCAACCACGGCAACGCAACAGCACUAUCACAGUCAAAGAGAAAGCACCAGGUCGACUAUGCAGGAUGCGCAGCAAGCCACCAGUUUUACACAGAAUAACAGGUUCAGCACGACGGGGGGACGGAAAGGCAUCAGUCCUGCGCAAGGAGAGGUGGCAGAGGAAAGUGCCACUUCUGCUCGAUAUGGCGGGUCAACCAUGGAAAGAGAACACUAUUCUUCCAAUCAAGGGGAACAUUUCAGGUCGGGCGUGCAGGCUACACGGGAAGACACCAGUCUAAGGCAAAAUAAUGAGUUAAGCACGACAGGGGGGCUACAGGACGGCAGCUUUACACAAGAUGACUUGUCAAGCACUACGGGUGGGCAGCAAAGCACCGGUCGUGUAGAAAACACCAGAUACACAGCACAGCAAAGCCCGAAUUCUUUGCGACAUGCCGAGUCAAACAUGAGAAGAGAACAUCAUUCCUCUGACCAAAGACAAAAUUUCAUAUCGACCAGGCAGGCUACACGGCAAGACGCUAAUCUAAUACAAAAUAAUGAGUUAAGCACAACAGGUGGACGACAAGGCGCCAGGUUUACACAAGGUGACUUGUCAAGCAUUGCGGGUCAGCAGCAACACACUGGUCUUGAUGAACACACCAGAUACACAGCACAGCAAAGCCCGAAUUCUUUGCGACAUGCCGAGUCAAACAUGAGAAGAGAACAUCAUUCCUCUGACCAAAGACAAAAUUUCAUAUCGACCAGGCAGGCUACACGGCAAGACGCUAAUCUAAUACAAAAUAAUGAGUUAAGCACAACAGGUGGACGACAAGGCGCCAGGUUUACACAAGGUGACUUGUCAAGCAUUGCGGGUCAGCAGCAACACACUGGUCUUGAUGAACACACCAGAUACACAGCACAGCAAAGCCCGAAUUCUUUGCGACAUGCCGAGUCAAACAUGAGAAGAGAACAUCAUUCCUCUGACCAACGACAAAAUUUCAUAUCGACCAGGCAGGCUACACGGCAAGACGCUAAUCUAAUACAAAAUAAUGAGUUGAGCACAACAGGUGGACGACAAGGCGCCAGGUUUACACAAGGUGACUUGUCAAGCAUUGCGGGUCAGCAGCAACACACUGGUCUUGAUGAACACACCAGAUACACAGCACAGCAAAACGCGAAUUCUUUGCGAAAUGCCGAGUCAAAUAUGAGAACUGAACAGUAUUCCUCCGACCAAAGACAACAUUUUAUGUCGGCCACGCAGGCUGCACGGCAAGCCGCCAGUUUUACAGAAAAUAAAGGCUCAAGCACGACGGAUCAACGACAAAGAGUCGAUGUCGCACAAAGUGGCGGAACAAGCAUAGCGCACCAAGGUACCAGGCUUGAGGAAAACGGCGGGUCCGCUACUAUUACUAAUGGGCAGGUCUCCAGUAAAACAGCGAAAGUGAGAGAGGCCAUUCAGAUUGCACGUCAAGUCGCCGGACUUACACAAAAUAUCUUGUCAAUGACGAAAGGUGGAGGACACGUAGGUACUGCUACGCAAAUUUCGCAAUCGAGCACAGCACGGCAAACGCCAGUUGUAUACCGAAUAGUCAGGCAUGACGGGAGGACGGCAGGGCGCCAUUCUUGCUCAAGAUGCACUCCUUGCAGCAGAUGCCAGAACUACCACAGCGGAUCCCGUCGUGGAACGUAUAUGACUUAUCCACACGGGUGAGAAGGGCAAAAUAUUCACCUCCAACCUGUCAGGGUCGUACCUAAUGCGUCCAAUAAACAGUCACUGACAUGCAA